AUGAGCGCCGAGGAAGAGCAAUAUGACGACAGCACAAUGGGCGCACCUGGCGCACCAACACCGGUCUCGGCGCUGGAGGUGCCUGGACAUACACUGACCAUGGUUCAGGGCGUCAAUGGGUUGACAGCUCGCGACAUCAAAUUAGUCGUGGAAGGCGGCUACAAUACUGUUGAGUCGAUUGCCUAUACGCCACGAAAAGCGCUGGAGCAGAUCAAGGGAAUAUCAGAGCAGAAAGCGUCCAAGUUACUUGCUGAAGCGUCCAAACUUGUGCCGAUGGGCUUCACGACCGCGACGGAGAUGCACCAACGGCGAAGCGAACUCAUCUCUAUCACCACAGGCUCAAAACAACUGGACACUCUGCUCGCAGGAGGUAUUGAGACAGGCUCGAUCACUGAGAUAUUCGGCGAGUUCAGAACUGGCAAGAGCCAGAUCUGUCACACCCUGGCCGUAACAUGCCAGUUGCCUUUCGAUAUGGGUGGCGGCGAGGGCAAAUGUCUAUACAUUGAUACCGAGGGCACCUUUCGACCGGUCCGCUGUCUUGCUGUCGCUAAUCGUUUUGGACUGUCUGGUGAAGAGGUCCUUGACAACGUCGCUUACGCGCGCGCAUACAACUCGGACCAUCAGCUGGAGCUUCUCAACCAAGCUGCGCAGAUGAUGACUGAGACUCGCUUCUCACUUCUCAUUGUAGACUCGGCCACUUCGUUGUACCGCACUGACUUCGCAGGUCGUGGUGAACUGUCGAGUCGACAAACUCAUUUGGCCAAGUUCAUGCGUACACUGCAGCGCCUCGCGGAUGAGUUCGGUAUCGCAGUCGUCAUCACCAACCAGGUCGUAGCGCAAGUCGAUGGUGGACCAAGUGCCAUGUUCAAUCCGGACCCAAAGAAACCCAUCGGCGGUAACAUCAUUGCACAUGCCAGUACGACUCGCCUGAGCUUGAGGAAGGGUAGGGGCGAGACGCGAGUAUGCAAGAUCUACGACAGCCCGUGCCUGCCGGAGAGUGAUUGUCUAUUUGCAAUCAAUGAAGACGGCAUCGGCGACCCGAAGGAGAAGGACCUAGAGGAGAGGAACAACAGUAAUAUGACCAUUGCCAAGGAGACCUCCUCCAAAGUGAACCCUGAAGGGGAUCAGAAUACGUUUAUCUACUACUACGUAUGCAGUUGGAGCUCAUCGCCUGCCUGGUCCGUGCACUUACUAGCUGCACCUGUCGCGACUGCUGUUUUUGUGAGGGCCACUUGCGCGACAACAACAGCCACCCUCCACCACCCCGCUGAUACCUCACACGAACUGCCCUCCUCUGAGCUUGCGCAUGCGAGUAGGAUGGCCAAGAAUGGAGGUUCAUGCCUCUAUCGAGAGGCGCGACUGAACAUCGAGCCCGCGUUCCCUGGAUCGACAAUUGUGUUUACGCUGCCCGCAAGCUCCCUCACGACGUUCGGUUCUCGCACCGCAGCGAAGCGCACUGUGCCCCCCGAGCGCUACGCAGACCAGGACGAAGACGCAUAUACAAGACGGCAUCUGGCCACAGAUGGGUCAAUCUACUUCCGGCAACACCAUGCAUACCCGCGCAGCUUGCUUUGGCGCGUCUUGGAUAACAGAAGGGCCAUCGAGCUGCAGUCGGUCGACCUAGACCACAAUGCCGGUGAUCGGUUCGAGGCAAACCUCACCCUUGUGCUCCAAUUCCCAUCACCGAUCCGGCCAUUUUGUAUAGCCCUUGCAGAGUCCGCUGAUCGUGACGCCCUCAUCAUCUUUGGCAUCACCACCGCAAACGACCUAUACGUCCUGACCAUACCUCGCGACUUCUUCGUCAAUCCUGCAGCCUCGGAGCAGGAUAUAGAAGGGUGGUGCAAGAGGUCAGAGCCUACGUUAUUCAGCGGGCGCAUCCCGUACAGACUUGUUGCAGUCAAUGUUGACGAACUGCUUGUGGCCCUCGACGACGGCGCAAUAUGUCGCAUACACUGGGACAAAGACACCAAGGCGUGGGACGGCUCACGAUAUCAGCAUAGCAAUUGGUCGGUCCGCGGACUUUUGUCCUGGAAAGCACAGCCUACAGUUCGUUUCGAGGGUGCAGAUCUCGCAAUAUCAGCCGCCGCCGCAGUGACGAUGUCUCCAGACAGGCAACACAUACUCUCGGUCUGCUUAGAUCACACCAUACGAGCUUGGAAUGUGGUAUCGGGCAAAUUAGGCGCACACAUGGACCUUUUGGGGCAAACUGAUCGCGCACUGGAAAAAAGUGGCAGCUCUUACUUCAUCGGACCCUCUCAGUCAACUUUAAUGGCAGUUAUCCCAGGUCCACCAGACGGACCUGCUAGUGGGCUGGGUGGCGCACAGUACUUCCUCUUGACGUACUCACCUAAGCAACAUCAGUUCAAAUUGUGGGGAGUUAGGGACGCAGACGAUGCACAGCAUGGCCUGUACGAUGUCUGUGAAGAUGCUGAGCUUAUUCCACCAAUUGACGAGCUCAUGGACACAACAGUGUGGACCUUGGAGGAAUUUCAUAUCGUCCCCGGACCAGCUGGAUGGAGGGGAACGGAGCUCUGGAUCCGUGCAAGGUCCGGCCCAAGUAGCCGCAUCUACUCACUGAAGUUUGACCCUAGCGAUGAUGCCGACACGCUGACCGCGUCAUGGAAGAAUGACUGGGAAUCGGUCGAUGCUGGACUCUUGACACUCGAUAGUCUUAAGAGUAACCCAGCCAACCCCAGCGAACAAGGUCUCGAUAUUGCACUUGGCGAAGUAGACAUAUUUCAGCAGUGGCUGGACUUUCUCCUCUAUCCCGGCCGAUUCAGCAUUGCUACAUUAGAGACCGCUUUACUCAUACUUAGGCGGGACCUUGAUCGGAUACAGACUACGAAGACAGCCAAAGGUAGUCUGAAGGAGCGCAUAUGCAGCACUAUUACAGCUCUCGCCAGUCAUACGCAAGGUGGCAACAAAGAUCUGAAUCGUUUUGAAGAGGCCGUUGCACAACAGUGGCAAGCCUUCUACGGGCUUGUAAAGGACUUGCACAAGCGGAGGGGCGAAUCUCUAUCUCUUGCGUACGACCAGCAAACCGGCACUCCAUGGUUGUUGCUGAGUGAUCAUCUCUCCGCGAUUCGAAGCUGCAGUGAUGCCGAAAUAUCUGCGCUCAACGCCGUAGCCCUGGCGUCGUCGCAUCAGACCAGCACUCCUCUUCGCAAAGCUUUGAGCAGAAGCGAGACGCGCGAUGUACUGCGAUUACUCAACGCUGCAUCUUCUUUCCGAAGGAGAUUGCCAUUAUAUGUCCAGCAAGAGCUGCAGCGCCAGAUUGAGAUGGAUCUCCUUCAGAGCCGGUCACUUACAGUCAUCGACCGCAUGGAACUUGUCGAGAGUCAUAGCGAGCUGAUACAGCACGUUUCAGAUGAAGAUUUAUCGCUGCUUGUCGAGGAACUUGGCACUGAAGUGAAGGACAUAACAACCGAGACCUUCCUCCGAGCUAUCCAAACCCUGGGCUACAAGGACCAAGGAAGAGUAAAUACGCGAAAACAAAUUACGCGCUUCGGACUCAAAGCUCUUCUUCAAGUCUCACAAGAUACAUUGGAGACAGACCACAACAUCUUGCUAGACCUUCUCGUGCUCGUGCUGGUCAUGUUUUUUGAGCUGGAAGGGGAGACACCAGAAGAUUUUGAUGCUUCAGAAGUGUUCAUGGAACUUCUUAUACAAUACAAAGACUGCAUGACUGUCUCGUGGUUGGCCAGUACGGUGUGGGCACACCAAACCGCUACCGGACCUGCCUCAGAAACUCUCAAUCGCACACUCAGCGAGACGCUGAAGAUCAGCAAGAAGCUCCCUCUGACACAAACUGUUCUUGAGGGUAUCUAUGGCGAGCGCGCUUUUGACGUACCCUUGCAUAACGAAGCGAAGACAAAUUUGCUCACGCAAUGGAGUAGAGGAUGGCUAACAUCGGUCUUCAAGGACGGAAACUACGAUUCUGUCGUUGAGGAUACGAUGGGUAUUCUCCUGUUCCAGAAGGAGUAUGGUCUAGCGAUGGACUUUUCGAAAUUUUUGCCUGAAGGCAACUGGGCCACGUAUCUAAAAGGUCGGUUAUAUAUCGCCCAAGGCGAGAAUCAACAAGCUGCCAUUUGCUUCCGCAAGGCUGCAUACCACCUUGUUGGCCUAGUGCUAGAAGCAGAACGCAACUCUUUCUCUGAAGGCCUGGCAAGCUACUAUAGUCAUGUUGUCGGUCUCUUUGAGCAGGUGAAAGCAUACUCUUAUGUUGCUGACUUUGCUCGUCUUGGUCUGAGGUCGUUGACCGGCCAGGAAGAACAGGAGCUGAAGACUGACCUCUUGCAACGGCUGUUCACAGCUUCCAUCCAGACAUUAAGAUACGACGACGCUUACUUGUCGAUGUCGCGGCACAGUGAUGCAGCCUUAAAACACUCGUCUCUGCAGACACUCAUCACCUCCAUGGUCUCGCAGCAGCAAGCAAUGCAAUUACUCAAGUUUCCAUUCGUAGGUCUGGCCGACGAAGUCGACGACACGCUGUCGUCACUCUGCCAGAAGACCCUCAACCUGACUUCUGGGCCACCUUACCAUCAAAUCCUUUACUCGUUCCGCAUAGCGCGUAACAACUUCCGCGGCGCUGCAUCCAUUAUGCACGAACGCCUGCAGCGUCUCAAGACAACGUCGUCUAAGCAUCGAGAUCCCGCGGACGACUCACUGGCACAGUGCUACCUAAUGAUAAUCAACACGCUGUCGUCCGUGGGCAAGGAGGACGCAUAUAUUCUCGCAGAUCAAAGAGUGGAAGGCGCAGGACCGCCGCAGUGGGGUAUUGGGCAAGGCAAGAAGCUUCUCAAGAGACAAAUCGUGACAUUGGACAGCCUGAGGAAGGAAUAUCAGGCUGAAUUGGACCGCGUUGCUGCGAUUGAGAGCGGACAAUUUCCAUUUGUGGAGGCAGCAGAAGAAAUGGAUGUACUGUAA